AUGGCCAAAGCUGCACAGCUUGCUGCGCUCAAUGCAGCCGCCAUUGCUGGGGAUGUCGCUACAGCAAAGCGCUACUUCGAGGCCCUUCGGCUCAGGGAUCCCAGGACCAUGAGAACCAUGGUGUGGAACACGAUGUUGAAGGCUCAUGCCAUUGCUGGUGACCUGGGUGGUGCUACGGAACAUUUUCACGAAAUGCAGGCGCAGCGUGUGCGUAUCAAUGGCCGAACGUUUGGCAAGCUCAUCAGGGCAGCUGCGGAAGCUGCAAAGCCUGAGCAGGCGGUGUGGCUCUUGCAGCACCAACGCGCUGCAGGUCUCGAGGUGGACAUGGUGUCGUACACAUCCGUAGCGAGUGCUUUUGCAAAGGCCGGGCGGCCAGUGGAAGCAGAGGCUUUCCUGCUAGAAGCCGGUGCUGAGGGUCUGGUGCUGGACUCGGUCGCCAUGGGAGCUUUGAGUGCCGGCUUCGCAAAGCUUGGCUGCGCAGAGAAGGCGCAGCACUGGUUGGAGGAGAUGGUCCGACAAGGCCUGGAGGUCAGUUCCGACAGCUUCGGGGCGGUCGCAGCAAGCCCGUGCAAGCCGAAAUCUGGCUUCGAGAGAUGCGUGGGCGUCAACUGGAGCCCUCGGCGUCAACACUGA